GCGAACCUAACGGACGUCUCGUCGUUUUAAUUUAAAAACAGCUGGUACUUUUAUCGCAAAUCAAAACCAAACCUAGCACUUGCGUGUCUUUUUGCUGUUACUCUAAGUGAAUGAAUUAGUGAUGGUUUUAUGUGAUGUUCUCAGUGUUAUGAACGUGAAAAAACCUGAAAGUGAUUAAAAACAGGAGGGUUCCCGACUUUCCAAUGAACGUGAGCCAUGUGACCACGAGAACGGAGAACCAACAUUUGUGAUGUGGGUGGUGGCCGCGUUGCUGGCGGCAUCGGCGGCGGCGGUGGCGUCCAUGCCGUGCACGGAGGCCCGCAACCGCUGCAUGUACCGGACCGGAUGCGGCGCCGCGCUCUCCAACUACAUGAUGAUGUGCGAACGAGUGCUCACAACCGACUUGCCCCCCACGGCAUGCCCAAACGAAUGCAGCAACGCUCUUAUCGCGCUCACAUCCACCGAAGAGGGAAAGGAGCUCAUGAGUUGUGAAUGCGAAGACGAUUAUUGUAUAGAGGCAAAGGACAGGAUUGACGUGUGUCGGUCACAAGUGAUGAAGGGCGCUUCGGAUGUCAUACCAUCCUGCAGCCUCUCCCAACUAAUAUGCUUGGCGGACGCCCAGUGUUCGACUGCUUUACAAUACUACCAUCAUCUAUGCCGUUCAAUGUUCCGAGGAAGAAAAUGCUCAAAAAAAUGCAUUAACUCCAUUGAAAUUCUAAGGAAACAGGAAAAGGCCGCAGCGUUGACAGUUUGCCAAUGCGACGGCACCGAAGACUACGAUUGCCCUACAAUGCAGGAGAAUCUGGCUAGGUUGUGCUUCCACAAACAUAAGAAUCACACGCGAAGUCAUGACCGACACGGAGAGAAACAUAAGAAAGUCAAUGAAGUAGUUUAUGCGAGUGCUUCCAGUCUCAGUGAUAUAUCGCUGUUGUUAUUCUUGACUUGUAUUCUGAGUGCUUUCUCAUGAUAGUUCAAGAAACACUUCAUCUACAUAGUGUGUUUUUAUAAUAUCUUUAAUUCGUUUAGUGGUGUAGAAAUGUAAAAAAAAAUUGUAUUAUACGACACGUUAGAUAAGUCAAGUUAGAAGCACGUAAUUUUGAUAUUUUCGUUCAUUUAAAGUAUUCAAAGAGGAUUGAGUCUAUCGGAGACGUAGCUCCGCCGCCCACGGCUUGCGCGGGUGUUGCUAUAAAUACGGCGGCGCCGGUGGUCCGUUGACAAAUGCUGGCUUGUUCCCGAUGGCGCCACGCUGAUUGAUCUAGCUGUUCCGGUAACACGUCAUACACGGCAUGUUAAAGAAUUCACCCUAUAUCCAUCCCUUUUAGUAUACCUGAAAUAGUAAGAGACGAAAGCUCUGCGAUCAGGGAAGUGUUCUGAAGUAUCGCUGGCUAAUUUUGUAGUGACACUAAUCGUUUUGUGCCGCGGCCCAGUAAACGCUCGCAUAUUACCGCCGCGCUUUGGUGUUCAGUCAUAUUUUCUUGUUUCACAUCCGCUACGAAUGAUGAGUUUAGUAGCUAAUGGCUUCCGUGCUUCACUCGAGUUUCUAUGUUUUUUUUUCAGUCAAUGAUCAAGAGACGUUCGUUAAUGUGUGAAAUUUUACCGUAAUAUAAAAAACUCUUUUUUAUUAUACAUAUUAACAAAAAAAUUUAUAUGAUUAAAAGAAGAUGCGGAACUAUUUGACAUGUCCGAUUCAGAACUAAAAAAAAAACCGUCGAUUCAAUCCUGCCUGUGUGUGACACGG